UGUUGGAAGUUCAGCGUUAGUAGGAAGUGUGUUUAUUUACGAUGCAGUGACACGCACCUCUGAAGUCUCGAAAAACAGCAGCUAACCUGUGGUCCUGGGAGGAUUACCUGUGUUUUCUGUGAAAACGAGAGCGGAUAGUUCCACCUCCGACUUUUAAUCGCCGCCAGCUGUCUUUACUCCCGCUGUGAGCACUCAAACUGCGCAUGCUAGUGUUAGCUAAGUGACUAGCUAAGUUGGAUCACAACCUUGUCCCGUCCGUCCCCUACAGCACGCUUAGUCUGAGGUGAACGCUUUACGAGAAGUUCUUCAUCUUUGUCGCUCAGGCUUAGUCUGGCUGUCAUCUGGGAGUGACCGUGGAAACACAGCCUGGUGGUCCUCUUGAUGCUGUUUCUGUGAGGCUAGCUGUCCCUGUGGUGCUGUCCUCGGAGGUUUGACAGGACAUGAGCGCCCAUGGACUGAGGCACCCUGCGGGCAGAGACUCGGUGAAGAUGGGUCCAUAAGUCGAUGAAGAGCUACAACAGUCGUCUCUGGCGAUGUGUGUCCUGUCUUCAUCAGGCAUUGAUAACAGCUGCCAUCGAGGGCUGAUUUCUCUGCAGUAGCCCUGAUCGUCUCUGAGCCGGCAGGAUGUUGGAAGGUCUCGUAGCCUGGGUGCUGAACAACUACCUGGGAAAAUAUGUCAGCAACCUGAACACAGAUCAGCUCUCCAUCGCCCUCCUGAAAGGUGCGGUGGAGCUGGAGAAUCUCCCUCUUCGGAAAGAUGCCCUCAGAGAGUUCGACCUGCCGUUUGAAGUCAAAGCAGGCUUCAUAGGAAAGAUUACUCUGCAGAUCCCUUUCUACCGGCCUCACAGCGACCCCUGGGUCAUCUCCAUGUCCCAACUCAACCUGAUCAUCGGCCCCGCCCAGCAGCAGGAGUAUGAUGGAGAGAAGGAGAAAGAGGAGGAGAGAGAGCGUAAAAAACGCCUCCUGAAGGCUCUGGAAGACAGAUUCAAAAGUGAGUGUGAACAGAGAGGAGAGUCUUACUGGUACUCUGUCACGGCAUCGGUGGUCACCAGGAUUGUGGAAAACAUUGAGCUGACAGUUCAAGAUGUGCAUCUCAGAUUCGAGGACGACUUCUCCAACCCAGAGAAACCUUUUUCCUUUGGGGUCUGCAUCAACAACGUGUCCGCUCAGAAUCCCUCCAAAGAGUCGGCCCAGAGGCUCCUCAGACAGAAGCAGCUGGAGAUAGAAGACUUCAGUGUUUACUGGGACACGCAGUGCGAAAUGCUGGGAAAGCUGCCCACAAAUCAGAUCCAGGAAGCAAUGACCCAGUGUAUGCAGAGCCGUGAGCAUCAGUACAUCUUUGAACCAGUGUGUGCCUCCGUGCUGCUAAGAAGAAACACCUCCAAGGAGCCUCUGAGGUCUAGAAACACGCCACGGAUUGAAGGCCAAGUUCAGCUGGAGCCGAUGUCCUUGCGCCUAUCACAGAUCCAGUACCAGCAGAUCAUGGCUUUUCUGAAGGAGCUGGACCGACGGGAGAGAGAGAUGCUUUACAGAAAGUGGAGGCCGAAAGAUCCAAUUUCUGGAAACUGUCGGCAGUGGUGGAUGUUUGCCAUCGAAGCAAAUCUGAGUGAAAUCAGGGAGCAGCGGCGGCGAGGCAGCUGGGACUUUGCCCUGAAGCGAGCUCGAGACGCUCAGACGUACACCAGUCUGUACUUCAGGAGGCUCAAAGGUGUCCCACUGAGUCCUCAGGAAGAGAGCGAGCUGGAGCGUGUGGAGGAGGAGCAGACGUUAGAGGAGCUGCAGAGUCUCAGAGACAUUGUCCACGACUGGUUCCGAAAACAGGAAGAGAUUGCAGAGAAUGUACGAGAGCCCAACACUGAGAUUCAGCCCUGCCCAACACCUGCAUCCAUUCCCAAGAGUGGGAGCUCAGGGAUGAUCCAGUACCUGCAGUCCUGGUUCCCGGGUUGGGGAGGCUGGUAUGGAGAGUCUCAGGACCCAGACAGGCCUGAAGAGCUCCUACCAAGUCCAUCCUCCUGGGAUAUUUUAGCAGAGACAGAGGACCUGUUUGAUCCCUUAGAGGACUCUCACACUCUGAACACGUUCACCAGAAGAGAUCACUUGUUCGCUCGGCUUGAGUUCUUGUUGGAGAAAGGCGGAGUCACGUUAUUCCACCAAGACAGGAGGGAGGGCACGCUGCACGAGAGUGGGGUCAUCCAGCUGGAAUUUUCAGGGGUGAAGGUGAUGUUGGAGUCUCUCCCACGCUCAGAGUCCUCCCUGCUGUCUGUUAAGCUAGGAGGUCUGUUCCUGAGAGACCUGACUACUCAGGGCACCAUCUUCCCCGUCCUGGUGUCUCCUAAAACGGACAAACUCGUAGUAACCAUCAACCAGCAGUCAAGCCAGUCAUGCAACACUUCUGAGUGCUCUUCAUCGCCGGUGUUCGAGAUGAUUUACGAGCGUAACCCUGUGAGGUGUAAGUUUGAGAGAAGGCUGGAAGUGAACACAAGUCCGCUAAACAUCAUCUACAAUCCACAAGCAAUCAAAAAAGUGACUGAGUUCUUCUAUAAAGGGAGAGUUCAUACUUCAGGUUUUGGCUAUCAGUCAGAGCUGGAGUUAAGGGUAGCAGAAGCUGCCAGGAGGCAGUACAACAAGCUAAAGAUGCAGACCAAGGCAGAGAUCCGACAAACCAUCGAUCAGCUGCUCGUGGGAGAGUUUAUUGAAAACGGUAAGCGUUGGACAAUGAAACUGGACAUAUGUGCACCUCAGGUGAUUUUCCCUGACGACUUCCAGUCAGGAGACCCGAUGCUCGUUGUGGUUGAUUUGGGCAGAAUUCUGCUCACAAAUUCUCAAGAUGACACCAAAGUUAGCUCAAAAGCUUCUCAGCCUGAAAGAGAAGACAUGAGCGAUGAUGAGUUCCAGACUCCUCUUGCCACCCCGCCCGAGUCUCCACCGCCUGAACUCGACAUGCCUCAGAAAGAACAGCUGAAAAGCACAGAGCUCCCCAACCUCAGAUCCCCUGAGAGCAUACAGGCCUACAGCAGGAAGCUCUAUGAAAAGUACUCCUUGUCGUUUAAGGACCUGCAGAUAAUGGUUGGACGCUAUAAGGACAACUGGAAACAUCUUCAAGAGAGUGAGGUGGGACCUACUCAUGUAGUGGAGAAGUUUAACGUGCUGCUGCAGCUUGAGCAGAGACUGCGCUACACAUCGGACCCUCAGCUGCCUGGAGCGGUGCUUUCAGGAACCCUACCUGACCUCAAGGUGCAUAUCAACCUUGAAAAGAUGACCGCCCUCAGGAGUUGUUUAGCGAGACUGAGCAGUCCAUCUGCGGGCGAGGAGGACAAAAGCCAAGACGGUGCAGGUUCAAACAUGAGGUCUCCUGACCCCCUUACCCUCCGCCAUGAUAAGAUCUUUCAGAGAGAGGACAGCUCCUGGAAGCUGCAUGGUUCAGCAAAGAACCUGACUCAGAGCGUGAUGACCUUAGAGCAGCACACGCGAGAAGUCCUGGUGGAGUCACGUCUGCUGCUGGCUGAAUUCAACAUAAACUACAUGCAGCUUGGUGUAGAAAGUGACGGCCGCUACAUAUCUGUUCUCAAAGUCUUUGGCACAAAUGCUCACUUUGUCAAGCGGCCUUACGAUGCUGAAGUCUCUCUGACUGUCCACGGUCUCCUGCUGGUCGACACCUUGCAGACUUACGGAUCAGACUUUGACCUUCUUGUGGCUUCUCAUAAGCACCUCAGUUUUGACAUACCAACAGGCAGCCUCAGAGAGAGCCAGCCAUCGUCCCCGGUGUCCUCUGAUGGCAGGUCUCCCCAGCAUCAAGGCCACUAUCCUGAGUCAUCCUUCGGUAUGGAUAGACUAUCCCCAUUCAGCUCCUUUCUCAAAGACCAGGAAGCCCUGAUAAAGCUUGAGUACCAGUUUGUAAGCUCAGACUGUCCCUCUAUGAACCUGGACAGUUCCCUUCAGGUGACGACCAUGCAAGUCAACAACUUGGACAUCAUCCUGAACCCUGAGACCAUGGUGGAGCUACUGAAGUUCCUCCAGAAGUCCUUCCCCAAAGAAGAAAGCACCUCGACAUCGUCACAACAACAAUCAUCACAGCCUAACCAAGAAGAAGGGGAGGAGACGUAUCAGGCCACAUACGACCAGAACAAAGAGCUGACUGUGGAGAUCCAUCGCCUCAACCUGCUCCUCCUUCGAACCGUGUCCACUGGCACUGUCCUGGGAGCAGAGAAGAAAGGGUUGAAGAUUGCCACUGCAAGCAUUACAGGGACAAAGGUCAAUGUCUCUAUGGGCAGCAGGUUGGACAUCAAUGGUUCCCUCGGGUCCAUGCAGUUGGUGGAUUUAACCCAAGAAGGAGGCCGAAGCCAGUUUGUAGUAAGUAUUGGCAAUGUUGAGGACAGCACUACGGCCCUUGGUGGGUUACCCUUUCUUGCUGACACGGGAGGAUCCCCCUCAGAGGCUUUAAACUUUCGCCUUCUGGAGAAAUCCCAUGGGGAGUGUUCAUUGAAGCUUGAGAUGGCUUCCUUGCACUACAACCACUCAGCCAAAUUCCUAAAGGAGCUCAGCCUUUCAGCCAAUGAGGUCGAAGACAAUUUCCGCUCCAUGUUAAAAAGCGCUGCCACCAAAGUGUCCACAGUCCUAGCUACCAAGACGGCAGAGUACAGCGGCAUGGUGUCGCUCUUUGAGACUCCCUCACGGAGAUCCCGAACUCAAAGUCAGAGCUGGAACUACCCCUUCGAGGAUGAAGAGGAUCUGUCCAUGGAGGAGCCUGAACCCACACUGGAUACCUUCUUUGUGAAGCUGACCCUCAAUGUCAGCAUCGAUUCACCUGUUGUCUCCAUCCCCCGUAAACCUGGACACCCCGAGCUUCUGGUCGGUCACCUGGGGAGCAUAGCAAUCCAGAACUUUGUUACUGGGCAGGACUCUGAGGGAGAGAAGCUGCAAGUGUUGGUGAAGGACAUUCGACUGUACUCUCUCAACAUGAGUCAUUUGGUUUUGAAGAGGACACCCAGAGGGGAUCUCCUUACGAACAUGUCACCAUCUCGUAACGGCAGCAUCAGCCAGGAUGAACCUCAGUUAACACGCCACGACUUCUUUGAGUACCUGAACCGAGGGAAAGCCUUCCACAUACUGAAAGACACGACGAUACAGUUCACCCUGGAGAAAAUUCCUGUUGAAGAAGACACCCAGUUCACCUUCCUCACCACAGAGGAGCCAUUCAAGAGCUCAGGGUUACUGAGGGUUGAGGGCAAAUUUGUCAACCCUGUACAGGUGUUCCUGUGCAAGCCUGUGUACGAACAAGUCCUCCAGACGCUGGACAACUUGUCUCUGAUUGAGGAGAUUCGUGUCACGCCAAGUCAACCACCCACACCCCCACCUCCGACACCUUCCUCCACCCGACAUCACCGCUUUCCGGACCCUCAGGGAGGACUGUUCGCAAGGGACCCUCCUCAUGUCAACUUCUCCCACAUGUCGCUCCCCUCUCCUCUGCCCCUUCAGUCUCACAAACCCGCUCUGGAGUGUCCCUCCUUCACACAACUGAAAAUCACCUUACACGUGGCGGAGCUUCAGGUCCAGCUCAGCGCAGACCUGACACAGGGCUCGCAGGGCUUAGUCAGUCUGCGCUUCCAAGAUCUGGAGGGAGACUUCACCAAAGAUCACCCUCACCUGCUGGCAAUUCAGCUGGCUCUGCGCUCGCUGCUGAUGGAAGACCUCCUGGAGCAGAAUCCAGAGUCUAAGUACAAACAUUUGAUGGUGUCUCGCGGAGCUCUCAAGCCCUCCACCUUCAGUCCAAAGGAAUACCUUUCCCAAAGUUGUCCAUCAGCAUCCAACGCCUUGUGCCCUGACAUGCCCCGCUCCCUGCCCGCCCAUAUGGAGGAGGCCCAGAAUGUCUUCCAGCUCUAUCAGCGGCAUCCCAGCACUCCUUCAGCGAACACUCGCAAAUCCAAGAGGGACCCAGACUGCCCUAGUACUCCACCUCCCUCUCCUACCCGCCACACACCCUCCCCUCAUCCACCCCCAGACUUUGAUGACUCGUUAGUUCAUAUCAACGUGCUGCUGGUAGACCAGAACCACCCAGAGUUUAAAACACGCUACGGACGCGUCGGACGAAGCAUAGACGUGGACUUUAACUGCUUGGACGUUCUGAUCACACUACAGACCUGGGUGGUCAUUCUGGACUUCUUUGGUAUCGGUUCCACAGCCAAUAACCACGCAGUGAGGGUGAACCCUAUGUCACCUCAACCUGUACCUGGGCAUCCUCUGUACGAGCCAGACAUGGAGGAAGAGGAGGAGAUUUCGGAGCCGGUCAACACCAAAGUGGACUUAAAGGUUCACUCGUUGUCUCUCGUUCUAAACAAGAAGCUCAACGAGCUUGCCCGAGCGAGUGUUUCCAAAUUAUCUGCUCAUCUGGAAUUGUUAGACGGAGACCUGGCCUUACAGGGCAGUUUAGGUAGUUUGUCCCUGAGCGAUCUCACUCCUCAUGGUGAUCUCUACAGAGAGCGCUUUACCACACGAGGAGGGGAGGCCCUCAAUUUCGACAUCCAUAAAUAUGGCACCAUGGAUCUUUACCUGGAGCGGGAGUGUGACAUCAGAGUCUCUCUAAAGAUGGCAUCAGUGCAGUACGUCCACACACAGCGCUUCCAAGCAGAGGUGGUGGCUUUUAUCCAGCAUUUUACGCAGCUGCAGGAUGUCCUCGGCAGGCAGAGGGCUGCAAUGGAGGGCCAGGCGGUGAGGGAUCAUCCUCAGCGGGCAUCCAGGGUUCUGCUGGACAUCGAAGCUGGCGCUCCAGUGAUCCUCAUCCCGGAGAGCUCACAGUCUCCGAGGGUUAUUGUGGCAAACCUGGGCCAGCUGAAGGUGCAGAACUGCUUCUUGUCAGCAGGGGCUCAUGGGACUUUUUCCCUCCAAGACAAGGACCGUGUCCGAAGUGCAGCCGGGAGAAGCAGUGACCAGGAGAAGCCGAGAACGUCCUUCUCCUCCUCCACAGGGUUCAGCUUGAGCAGGCCGCAGUUCCCAGACGCAGGGAGGGCUCCUGAUGAGGAUGUCCCAGAGGGCUUAGAAGAUCACGUAUGCCUGUUGGACUGCAUCGCCCUGGACCUGCAGGAGAUGGAUAUCUUUGCUGCGGAGCGUCUUCCCUGUUCUCUUUGGGACACGGUCGUUAAGCCUCCAGAAUCAUCAGACCUCAUCUUUCCCUCAUACUCUGUCCGUCGUACCGGAGACAACCUGCUCAAAGACUGCUGCCGCCUCAAGCUUAAAGUGGAGCGCAACCUUGACAAGGAGCUGAGCCAUGCGGUCCCUGACAUGUCCAUCCAUGGCAGCCUGUCAUCAGUACACUGCUCUCUGGACCUGGAGCACUACCAGCUGAUCAGAGGUCUGCUGGAGAACAACCUUGGAGAGCCGGUUGAAGACUUCCUGCGACCGUACAACCUGCAGGACCCCAGCACCUAUACGGUGUUAGGUGGUGAAGUCUACACAACCUUAUCAUUCCUGGUGGACAUGAUGGACGUCAGUCUGGAGCUCUUGGACCGCCCAAAACCUUCUGAACCCAAACGAUCGCUAGCAAGGUUUGACUUCAUGAAAUCGAAGCUGCUCUUUGAGGGUUUCUCCAACGGAUCAAAGUCUGUCAACUUGGUGUCUCACUCCCUGCUGGCAUACGAUACUCGGUUCACCGGGCGGAGUAAAAGAUCAGCAGGAGCAGACGGUACCAGGCCCAAUGCCUUUGACUGCAUCCUCCAGCCCUCCAAAACAGGAACCAACAGAGCGUCUCUGCAGCUGGAGCUGCAUUAUAGAUCCACAAGAGACUCCUCGUGCUUCACGGUGGUCCUCAACAACCUCCGGGUCUUCCUCAUCUUCGACUGGCUCCAACUGGUGCGAGAUUUCCUGCGGGGGCCGGCGGAGAAGGCAUCAGAUAGAGCUGGGACUCGUCAGCGCUGGCCCAGUAACACCAGCACGGACUCGGCCCCCGGGACCGCGGGUGCCACGACCAUCGGAGCAGUCAUGCCCAAAACUGUUAAGAGUGGGGUGGUCACCAAGAGGUCCACGGUGCCAGUCAUGCAGGACAGAUACCUGGAGGUCAAGAUCAACGUCACAGGCACAGAGUUCGUGGUCGUGGAGGAUUCGUCCUGUCUCGAUACAAACGCCAUCAUCCUAAAAGGCACCACCGUGCUUACCUACAAACCCCGUCUGCUGGACAGACCCUUCUCUGGCAGCCUCGCAGGAAUAGAGGUGUUCUCAUGCCGGCUGGGCAGUGAGCAGGACACGGCGCUGUCCAUCAUCGAUCCUGUUAAUGUUCAGGUGGAGCUGUGUGGAAGCCCAACAUACCAGAGCAGCUCGGGUCUACUGGACGCCUUCAAUGUGGAGGACAUCCCACCACUGCUCGAGAUCCAGUUUCCUGCUCUGGACAUUCGUUUAUCCUACAACGACAUUCAGCUCUUUUUGGCCAUCGCAAAGUCCAUCCCCACUACCAGCACUCCAGCCCCCCCAACUGCUGCACCCGGGGCUGAGUCCACCGCCACUGUCACACCCAAAGACAGCUUCAGGCAAAAGACUGAGGCCCUCAUAGAGGGCCAGCUGACCCGAUUACAAGACCUUGGUUUCAGGAAAGAGGACUGCAAAAGAGCUCUGAUCCACUGCAAAGGUCAGCUGGACCAGGCUGCCACAUGGCUCCUGGAGAACGCUGAGAACAUCGCGGGUCACCCCAGAUCCAGAGCGGACUCUGGAUCCAGCAGCCACUUGGCUCCUCUGUCUGGGGUCGAGCUGAAGGCUGAGAGUGUCUGCAUCUGUUUCAUCGACGACUGUCUGGAUUGUGACAUACCGCUGGCUGAGCUCACCUUCUCCAGGCUUUAUGUGCUGCAGCGCAUCGGGUCCACUCAGGAAGGCAAAGCCAGCUUCACUCUGUCUGGAGACUACUACAACAGAGAGCUGUCAGGUUGGGAGCCCUUCAUCGAGCCCUGGCCCUGCUCCCUGUCCUGGCAGCAGCAGGCAGCCGGGCGUCUCCAUCCUCCUCGUCUGAAGAUGGGGAUCCGAGCCAAGCAGAGACUCGACAUCAACAUAACCUCCGUCCUUUUGGAACAAUACAACACCACCAAGAGCUCAUGGAUGGCUGACUACUGCAACAAGGAGGAACAGUCCCCCCAGUCCUCGCCUGCCCUGCCGUGGCUGGGCUCGUCAGUCGACCCGCCCAGCAUCGUACAGAGUGCUCCAUUUGCUCACCUUAGAACUAGGAGCACAGCCAGCUUGACCUGCCUCGAGCAGCAGAUUCACUCCAGAGACGUAAAGCUGUCCAAGAGGAGGCAGCCGUUUGUGCCGUAUGCUCUGCGUAACCACACCGGAUGUACAAUGUGGUUCGCAACUCUGACUACGACACCCACAAGGGUGGCGCUAUCUCACAGCAGUAGUGCAGACUCCAUUUCAGAGGUUCACGGCUCAGGGACUGACGACACUCACAAUGUGAGCCAGUGGAGGGAGGUGCUGCCCGGAGAGGAGAUUCCCUUUGAGUUUGAAGCGCACGAGAAACUCAGACACAGACACACUCAUGAGCUGAAGCUGCACCAGCUGCUGGUCCGUGUGUGUGGAUGGGAGCAGGUCAAACCGGUGUCCGUGGACAAAGUUGGUGUUUUCUUCCGCUAUGCGAACGCAGACAGAAACAGCUCGUCCAACACAGUUGGCAGUCCUAUCAGCAGAACCAACAUCAUCCACCCUCAUGUUUAUUUCUCGGCGCUGCCUCCGGUCAGAGUUGUCUUUUCUAUCACGAUGGAGGGCAGCGCAAGAAAGGUCAUCACUGUGCGCUCCGCCCUCAUGGUGAAGAACCGGCUAGAUGUUCCCAUGGAGGUACGACUGGACAGCCCCUCAGCUCCCGACAAGCCGGUCGUGUUGCCUCCCAUCCUGCCAGGUCAGGCCUUGGCGGUCCCCCUCCACCUUACGUCCUGGCGACUGCAGGCUCGGCCCAAAGGCCUGGGUCUGUUCUUCUGUAAGGUUCCCAUCCACUGGACCAGCGUGGAGCGACCCGGAGAGCUCACCAGCAGCAAGAGGGAGUGUCAGUCUGCAGACUUUGACGACAACCUCAAGCGUAACUUCAGGUUCUGUGUAGUCAUCAAGAAGGAGAACUAUCCAGACCAGCAGCCUGCCAAGAGGGUUUCUGGCAGUGCAAAGCAGAUCUACCGACAGCCAGGCCACACUAUCUACCUGCUGCCCACCAUGGUGCUCGCCAACCUGCUGCCGUGUGACCUCAACUUCUACAUCAAGGGCACGUCCAUCAAAGGCUCGCUGAAGCCGGGGAAAGAGGCGGUGCUACAUGCUGCAGACACCUCGCAGAACAUGGAGCUAGGAGUCCUGCUGGAGAGUUUCCCUGUGUGCAAAGAGCUUCUGAUCCCUCCUGGGACUCAGAACUACGUGGUCCGGAUGAGGCUGUACGACACUAACAAGCAUCUGCUUUGCCUCACCAUCCGCAUCAUCCUGCGUGCACAGGGGGCGCUAAAGAUCCUCAUAUCUGCUCCUUACUGGCUGGUCAACAAGACUGGUCUGCCGCUGAUCUUCCGUCAGGACAAUGGUAAAGCCGAUGCAGCCGGACAGUUUGAGGAGCACGAGUUAGCCAGAAGCCUGAGUCCAUUAUUGUUCUGCUACACUGACAAGGAGCAGCCUGCCAUGUGUACCAUGCGGAUCGGGAAAGGAAUCCACCCUGACGGAGUCCCUGGCUGGUGUCAGGGCUUCUCCCUGGACGGAGGGAGUGGAGUCAGGGCGGUGAAGGUCAUCAUGCAUGGAAACAGGCCAGGUCUUAUCUACAACAUAGGCAUCAGUGUGCGGAAAGGAAAAGGACGCUAUAGGGACACUCACAUAGUGACCUUUGCCCCUCGCUACCUCCUGGACAACCGCUCCAGCCACAAGCUGGCUUUCGCUCAGAGAGAGUUUGCACGAGGAAAGGGUACGACCAACCCCGAGGGUUACAUCUCCACCCUGCCAGGCUCCAGUGUGGUCUUCCACUGGCCCCGCAACGACUACGACCAGCUGCUGUGCGUGCGCCUGAUGGACACCAAGAACUGCACCUGGUCUGGAGGCUUCGAGGUCAACAAACCCAAGUCCUUCCAUGUCAACAUGAGGGACACACUGGGAAACUGUUUCUUCCUGCGGACAGAAAUCACCCUGAAAGGAGCCACCUACCAGAUCUCCUUCACCGACACCGACCAGCUGCCUCCACCUUUCCGCAUCGACAACAUCUCUGAGGUUCCUAUCCAGAUCUGGCAGCAUGGCGUGGCUGACAUCCGGCUGCACACUGAGGUGAAGGCAGGUUCGGUGCUGGACUACGCCUGUGACGAGCCCACGCUGCCCCCCUAUCUCACUCUGACGGUGAAGGGAGCCGGGUCCUCUGAGGUUACAUCCGACAUGAACUUCUUUAGAGAGUACAACAAGCUCUACUACGAGAACUUCAUCUACAUCGCAGCCACGCACACGUUCUCACAGAUCGUUGAGAGGAGACCUGUUGGGAAGAAACGUCCAGUGAGCUCUGCUGAACUCGUUCUGGAUGUGGACACCAAGACUCAACGGGUCAUCCUGAAGAAGAAGGAGCCGGGGAAGCGCUCCCAGCUGUGGAGGAUGACCGGCUCGGGCAUGUUGUGUCAUGAAGGCUCAUCCCCACCGCAGAGCAAGCCGGCUCAGCCUCGCCCGCUGGACUCCUCACUGGUGCUGGACAUCGCCGGGCUCGCAGCUGUCAGUGACAACAGUUUUGAGCCGUUGAUGCUGAGGAGGCCAGACUCACGACGCAGCACCACCCAAACGUGGUACUUCAGCUCAGACAUGCUGACCUGUGGCCUUCCCCGGCUGGUCGUUCAGGUGAAGGGUGGUGUUGGAGGUCUGUAUGAUGGAGCAGAGGUGGUGCUGGGACCAGACUCAGGACUGAUGGAUCCUGGACCAGAGCAGCAGUUCAUCAACCAGAAGAUGAGACCAGGCUCUGGGGUGCUGUCGGUCCAGGUGCUGCCAGACGGACCCACGCGAGUCCUUCAGAUCAGUGACUUCAACCAGAGGAGAAUGCUCCGGAGCUCACCCAGCACCGAGCAGGAGAAGAGCAAAGAGGAGGUGAAGAAGACGGAGCCUGAGCAGGAGCUGGAGGUUUUGGUGAAUUUGGAGGAAGGUCUUGGUGUCUCUCUGGUCAACAAGGCGCCUGAGGAGCUUGUGUUCACCACACUGUCCGGUAUAGAUGUGCACUUCACCCGCACUGCAGCUAACGAGGUGUUAGAGCUCAGCAUUCAAAACAUCCAGGUGGACAAUCAGCUCCUGGGCACCACUCAGCCUGUGAUGUUGUGUGUGACUCCGAGCUCCAGCGACAGCGGCGUGAACGAAAGCGGCCCCGCCCUGCAGGUCAACUCGGUCAAGGUUCCCAGCAGCCUUAUGCUCACUGAUCUCUUCAAGCACCUCAUGGUGACGGCCCGACGCUUCACAGUCAUCAUCGAGGAGAAGCUGCUGCUCAAGCUGCUCAGUUUCUUCGGAUACGGACAGACAGAAGCUGAGCUGGAGAAGUUGGAUGAAAACAUCCAUGAGAGGCCCAACGAGGCCGGACCCCCUAAACGUUACUACUUUGAGAACCUGAAGAUCAGUCUGCCUCAGGUCAAACUGAGCGUCUUCACCUCACACAAGCUACCGCCUGAUCUCAAGGCUCUGAAAGGCACCCUGGGAUUUCCUCUGGUCCGUUUUGAAGACGCCGUCAUCAACAUGUACCCGUUCACAAGAGUGCACCCAUACGAGACCCAGGAGAUCAUCAUCAACGACAUCCUCAAGCACUUCAGAGAGGAGCUGAUCAGCCAGGCAGCUCAGAUCCUGGGCUCUGUGGACUUCCUGGGAAACCCCAUGGGUCUACUGAAUGACGUCAGUGAGGGCGUGUCUGAGCUGAUCAAGUACGGCAACGUGGGCGGACUUAUACGCAACGUGACGCACGGAGUGUCCAACUCUGCUGCAAAGUUUGCAGGCACGUUGUCCGACGGGCUGGGGAAGACAAUGGACAACCGGCACCAGAGCGAGCGAGAGUACAUCAGAUACCACGGAGCCACGAGCGGAGAGCACCUGGUCGCAGGGAUCCAUGGACUGGCUCAUGGUAUCAUCGGAGGGAUGACGAGCAUCAUCACGUCCACAGUGGAGGGCGUGAAGACAGAGGGCGGGGUCAGCGGCUUCUUCUCCGGGCUGGGUAAAGGACUGGUCGGCACUGUGACCAAACCUGUGGCUGGAGCUCUGGACUUUGCCUCAGAGACCGCACAGACGGUUCGGGACAUGGCUAGUCUCAGCAACCACAGGCUCAGUGUGCAGCGCGUCAGGAAGCCUCGCUGCUGCAAAGGUCCUCAGGGUCUGCUGCCUCGAUACCUGUCCACACAGGCCGACGGUCAGGAGCAGCUCUUCCACCUCACCGACAACAUCCACUCUGAGUUCUUCAUCGCCGUGGAGCCCAUCGACAGCUACUGCGUCCUCAUCUCCUCUAAAGUGGUCUACUUCCUGAAGCCCGGGGACUUUGUGGACCGAGAGGCCAUCUUCCUCGAGGUCAAAUAUGACGACCUCUAUCACUGCCUGGUCUCAAAGGAUCAUGGGAAAGUUUAUGUGCAGCUCACCAAGAAGGCCGAGAGCACCAGCAGUGGGGUGGCCAUUCCUGGCCCCUCCCACCAGAAACCCAUGGUCCACGUGAAGAGUGAGAAUCUCGCCAUCAAGAUCUCUCAAGAAAUCAACUAUGCCAAGAGUCUGUACUACGAGCAGCAGCUGAUGCUUCCUGUCAGCGAGAACGAAGACUGCCUACUGCUCGAGUCCUGAUCAAUUGACCAGUAUUUUCUACUGAGGAGACUUUUCUUAAACCCUGAAAGGAGGAGGAGGAGGAAGAGGAGGAGACUUUUAUUGAUUUUUGUAGACCCCUGUAUUUUUAAGUGUUUGACAAAAUGCAGUAAAGGGAAAAGUCAGACAUCAGUGUAGUCACAUGAUGUUUGACGAGCACACACGACUUUAAAAACAUAUGCAAGGCAGCGUGAGUGUGACGUGUAUAUUUAGAAACUCUGUGUUUAUACGACCUCCUAUCAUUCAGCUGUUCUUUAUUCUUUAUGUGAAUAGACAGAGAUGUAAAUAGAGCUACAUACCAAUACCCAAACCUCCUGUGUACAUACUGUGUUCAUUAAUAAUGAUUAUAACAAUGAGCUGAUAUAAUGUGAAGUGUAACAAACUGCCUUUAAAACUCUAUUUUGUGUAUAAGACUGCAAGUGAGAGGGGGAGGUGGGGGGUUGAAUUGCACUGACACACAUAGGGGGACGGACCUUUAACCCCCCUCAUACACCUACACACACACACUCAUACACACACACACUGGAGCUGCCUGUCACUGUCUCUCUGCCUUUUACAAUCACAGACCUCCAUGUCUGACGUGUCUCUACUUUUAUUUAACAACCUCUUUUUUAACGAGCCGGCGUCCUCUCCGACCCGAGCUCUGGUCUGAAGGAGCGUGUGUGGACGUCCUGCUGAAGAGCUGCGUGUGGAUUGUCAGAUUUGGUUUUGGGUUUGGUGUCAGGUGAGAUUUUAUUUUGCUCUGAGUUUGAUUUGUGUGUCAGAGAAGAGGAGGAGAGCAAACUCAAUCUGUGAUCCUGUAAAAUAACGUUCACGUGGACUGUGCUUCCAAUAAAGCAAAAUGACUACAGCA